AUGUCGUUGGGCAAAGAGUCCAGAUGGCGCCGGCACCGGGCCCUGGUCUGGGUUCUAGUGGCGCUGCUGGUCGUGGACGUGGCGGCGGGUUGCGGGCCGGGGCGCCGCGCGGGGCGGCGACGGCGUCCCCGGAAACUGACGCCGCUCGUGUUCAAGCAACACGUGCCGAACGUCAGCGAAAACACUUUGGCGGCGUCGGGGCUGACGGAAGGCCGGGUGUCGAGAGGCUCGAAAAGGUUUGACGACCUCGUGCCCAACUACAACCCGGAUAUUAUUUUCAAAGAUGAAGAAGGCACUGGAGCCGACCGAUUCAUGACUCCG